AUGAAAGCCAAGAUCGAACGGAACGGACAGCGGACUCUGAUGCCGAGGCAAGCCCGACUUGCUAGCGGACUAUUGGCAGGAGAGGGGGGUGGCACCUCGGCUAAAGUCGUAAAAAAAACAUUCGACUCUCGAGGCGGGUUCUUCAUUGAUGAAGAAGAGGAGGGACAGGAGGAGCAAUUGAUGAAGAAGGAGGACAGGAGGAGCAAAGGGGGAGUAAGGUGGUGCGUCAACCAGUUGGCUAGAGAGCAGAAACCCUCCUUAGAGGCGGGGUGCUCCGAGGAGGCUAAGGAGUCCAGAGAAAACAGGGAGGUGCAGAAACCCUCCUUAGAGGCGGGGUGCUCCGAGGAGGCUAAGGAGUCCAGAGAAAACAGGGAGGUGCAGAAACGCUCCUUAGAGGCGGGGUGCUCCGAGGAGGCUAAGGAGUCCAGAGAGAACAGGGAGGUGCAGAAGCGCUCCUUAGAGGCUGGGUGCUCCGAGGAGGCUAAGGAGUCGGGAGAGAACAGGGAGGUGCAGAAGCGCUCCUUAGAGGCGGGGUGCUCCGAGGAGGCUAAGGAGUCCAGAGAGAACAGGGAGGUGCAGAAGCGCUUCAGCACACAAAGGUCAAAGGUCAGUAACAGUUAA